AUGAAAUUUGGGAAGGAUUUGAUAACAGGAAGAGAGAGGUACUUCACAUCUUGGAAGAGCCCUGAUGAUCCUUCUAUAGGUUUGUAUAAAUUUUGGGUAGACACAAAUGGAUAUCCACAGAUUUUUUUGGGAGAAGGUCAACGUGAAACCUUGAGGCUUGGACGAUGGAAUGGUGUUGGCUUUCAAGGCAUAUCUGUGGAAAAUAUGAAUCCUAUUUUCUCUACAGAAUUUGUUGUCAAUAAGAAAGAAAUAUAUUAUAGAUAUAAACUUAAGAGUACAACUGUUCAGAGGGUUAUUUUGAUGUGGGAUGGCAUGGUACGAAGGUUGCAGUCGAACAAGCGAACCCAAGAAUGGGUCGAUUGUUUGGAAGGUUUUGAACCAAAAGUCCCAGAAGAAUGGAAAGCAGGGGAUUGGUCGAGUGGGUGUCAACGUAGAAAGCCAUUGGAUUGUAGGACUCCGGAUUUCUUCCAUAAAAUUUCAGGAUUGGUUUUCCCAGACACACGUCGUUCAUCGUACAACGAGAGCAUGUCCCUUGAAGAAUGUGAGAUGAUCUGCAGAAGGGAUUGUAAUUGUACUGCUUAUGCUAAUUUAGAUAUCAGAAAUGGGGGAAGUGGAUGUUUGCUAUGGUUUGACGACCUGCUGGAUGCAAGAGAAUCUGAUGAUCAUCAAGAACUGUACAUAAGAAUGGCAAUCUCUGAUUUAGCAGCAAAAGGCCAAUUCAGCUUCAACAAGAAGAAGGGAGUACUCACGGUGGUGCUGUCAGUUUCGAUAUCUGCACUACUUCUCUCUGUAGUAGCAUAUGCCUGUAGAAAGAAAAUGAAAAGGCUUCAUAAAAAGGGACUAGGAAGCAGGGCACAUACCCUUGACAAAGAUCAUACGACUGCUACCGAUAACUUUAACAUUAAUAAUAAGAUUGGAGAAGGUGGUUUUGGUCCGGUUUACAAGGGUGUGUUGGAAAAUGGGCGAGUAAUCGCUGUAAAGCGUCUCUCAGAAACAUCUCAACAAGGACUUGAUGAGUUCCAAAACGAAGUCAUUUGUAUUGCCAAGCUUCAGCAUCGGAAUCUUGUCAAGCUCCUUGGAUACUGCGUUCAUGGAAAUGAAAGGAUUCUAAUUUAUGAAUACAUGGAUAACAAAAGCUUGGACUCAUUUCUAUUUGAUGAAACGAGAGGUUCAUUGCUUGACUGGCCUCAACGGUUUCGCAUUAUCCAUGGUAUUGCUAGGGGUGUUCUUUAUCUACAUCAAGAUUCCCUCCUUCAAAUAAUCCAUAGAGAUCUCAAGGCGGGUAAUAUCUUGCUGGACAGUGAAAUGAAUCCAAAAAUAUCAGACUUUGGCCUCGCUCGAAAGUUUGUAGGACAAGAUGUCAUGACUAAGACAAAGAAGGUUGUAGGAACACAUGGUUACAUUUCUCCUGAAGGAUUCUCUCAUGAGGCUCACAGUGAUAACCUUCUUGGACAUGCUUGGAGACUACAUAAAGAAGACAGAUCCAUUGAACUUAUUAGUGAAUCUUUACGCAACUCUUGUGUCGUGUCUGAAGUACUACGAUCAAUUCAUGUUGGAUUAUUGUGUGUGCAACAUCAUGCGGAAGAUAGACCAACUAUGUUGUCGGUAGUUCUUAUGCUGAUUAGUGAGGGGGCACUGCCUCCACCCAAACAACCAGCUUUUUUCACCGAAGAAAGUUACCAUGAAGUUAAUAUUGUUUCAUCCCUAGAGGAAUACACGAUUACACUUUUGCAUGCUAGAUAGAAAGCAUGUGCCCAUGCUGAUGUAUAAAUUGUUGGAAUAAUCCGAAUUUGUUUUUUGGAAACAUUCCUUAUUUUAUUUUUGAUCUUUGUUGUUACUCUAUUCUAGUAUUAGACCC